CCACUUUUCUCUGUCCUCACACACAAAACAACACUGCUCUUUGUCUCAUCCUUCAAAUCCCUCUAUCUUCUUCUUCCAAAGGGGAGUUCCACUCAAACCCCCCUUCUUCUUCUUCUUCUUCUUCUUUGAGAUGGAUAACAGGUUGGCCACAAACUCCUCUUAUGCUUCUCUUAGAUUGCCCGUUGGCUACAGAUUCUGCCCCUCUGACGAGGUUUUUGUCUCUUGUUACCUCAAAAACAAGGCCCUUUCAAAAACAUUGGAUUUUGAUGUUGUUCCUGUCUUCGAUGUCUUCAACACUGAGCCCAAGAAUCUCCCUUCAGGAGGAAAGGUGUUUCUGGAGACAAAGUACUUUUACUUUGAUCUGAAAGAGCGUGUGUUUGAAGACAAUAACAAGAUUGAAGCAGGGAAAGGGCACUGGAAAAGGGUGGGGAAAGGGAAUCAGGAGCUUCUAAAUAACAACAACAAACUCAUUGGGUUCAAGACCAAGUUUGUUUUUUGGAGGAAGAAGAACCGCACUCAAUUUCUUAAAACUAAGUGGGUUAUGUUUGAGUUCCGUGUUUUUCUCAACCCCUCUCAGGUAAUGUCAUCAUGGGCUGGCUACAAAAUAUAUCUGAAGAAGGAUAAGAGGAGGAACAAGAAGGCAAAGUUUUCUUGCGAGGAAAGCAGUGAUGAUGAUGAAGAAGAAGAAGUAGAAAGAGCAAGUGAAGUGAAUUUUGCAGAUGAGAUAAGUGGAAUUAAUACAGGACCUCCUUCACCAACUUCAUCUAAUGAAUCCUCUGUUACAAGUUAAUUAUUAGAGCAGCUAAAAUUGUUCAAAUGAGUUAGGAAAUUCAAUAGGAGUUGCUUGCAGCAUAGGUCUUUUAAUUUACUAGUAUGAGAAAAAUCAUUUAGAGCCCUUUGGAUACCCAUUAACAACUUUUUUUUUUUUUCCUUUUUAGUCAUUAGAGAUUAGGCAAAUGAGAAUUGUAUAUGGGCGUUUAUUUUGUGAUCAAGGGCUCUAACAUUUGGUGGUGGUUAUAAUAAUAAUAAGAAGCAACUUGUUCAUAA